CCUGAACAUAGAGGAAGUGCUAGGUUCACAUCCUACUACAGAUUUCAGCUCCUCAUAUAAAGCUCUUAGGAGCUCCUCACCAACAGGAAAGCUGUAUAAGCAUUGGGCUGACGGGACUGAAGGAAGCAGCACAUCGUACCUGGAGCUGCCAGCUGAAAUUGCCAUGAGUUAUAAACCUAUUGCUCCUGCACCGUCGGGCUCCAACCACACACCACCAGGGUCUUCGGUUCCCUCUCCAUCACUCCCGUCAUCAUCCAGCUUUAGACCAGCUUUCAGUGACUUCGGCCCACCAUCGAUGGGCUUUGUUCAGCCGGUCAAAGUGUCCCAAGGGUCCACCUACAGCGAGCUGCUGUCUGUCAUCGAGGAGAUGAGCCGUGAGAUCAGGCCUACCUAUGCUGGGAGCAAGAGUGCGAUGGAGAGGCUAAAGAGAGGUAUAAUCCACGCCCGCGCACUGGUCAGAGAGUGUCUUGCAGAAACGGAGAGGAGCGCCCGCACAUAACCCUUUUGGAAACUCCUCCCUUUCUUUCCUUCUCCUCAUCCUCCUACCUUGAGCUUUAUUUGUGAUCAUUCAUGGGUACAUCAUGUUCCCCUUUUCAACAUUUCAUCAAAUUCAUCUGUUACUCUUUCCGCCUCAUGUGGGGUAUAUGCAAAACCAAUUUUGUACCAUUGGUCAGAAUUUGGAACUUGAGCUUGAGUCAAUAUUUGAGGAAAUAACAGAAAUUGACUUGAAAAGUUGGCUCCUUUUUAUUUCCUUCAACAGAAAAUGCAAUCAAUGUUCAAAUUGCUCCAAUCUGUGUUGAUUUUGGACAUUUUAGUUGUUUAGGUUUUGUCAUAAAAGCUCACAUCAGAAUUCCCUCAUUCCCAGGAACUCUUUACAUCAAGUCAUUUUGUUAGCAAGGAAAUUUUGUAAACCAGAUUUUUGCAAUUCAGUAUGUAUAUCUUAAUUAAAUAAUUUGAAAAGUUAUUUUUUUUUGUCUCAAUUGUUUUUGCAUCUCACUAAAGAAAGUUAAACAUAUUUAGGAUGAGCAUAAAACAUAUUUUUCCAUUGGUAUAAUUACCAGCCUGAGCUCAGCUGUAAGAGAGGCUAUUAUAAUUUACCGGUACAACUUAUUUGGUGAAAUUAUAUUCUAAAAGACAAAAACAAAUCCAAGGCUGGGGAUUAAAUAUAAAUUUAUUUUCAUACACAUCAUCACCACUUUGCUAACGACUCAAAAAAGCUAACAGGCUCUUUCAAAUACGAAGUAAGGAAUAUCUUCAAAGUAGCUAACAAAGAUGCUGAUUCAAAUAAGACCUUUUUCAUUACAGGAAAUAAAAACAUAGGAGGGCGCUUUAGAAUUAAUUUAAUGAUUGUCAAACCGUUGGGGCUUCAUGUCUAGUUUACCUUUCCACAAAAAAA